UUUUCCUCGAACAUGCGCAGAUCGCGCUCUGCGCAGGUCCUUUUCUCGCUCACUGUGGAACGACGAGCACCGUGCGGCAGAUCAACAUGCAGCUCUUCCUCCGUGCACAGAACCUACACACCCUUGAGGUGACCGGACAGGAGACUGUCCAGGACUUAAAGGCCCAUGUCCAGACCUUGGAGGGUCUGUCUGUGGAGGACCAGGUGCUUGUGCUGGCUGGUACCCCACUCGAAAAUGAUGCUGUCCUUGUGAACUGUGGCAUUUCAGAGCACUGCACCCUUGAGGUGGUUGGCAGACUUCUGGGAGGUAAGGUACACGGUUCCCUUGCUCGUGCUGGUAAGGUACGAGGACAGACACCCAAGGUGGACAAACAGGAGAAGAAGAAAAAGAAGACGGGCCGUGCUAAGCGCCGCAUCCAGUACAACCGUCGCUUUGUGAAUGUGGUGCCCACCUUCGGAAAGAAGAAGGGUCCCAAUGCCAACUCCUAAAGUCUUAUGGAGAAACUUGUUCAUAAUAAAGUUGCAGCUUGAACAUAAA